AUGGUCCGACGAUUCUCCAAGUUCCCCAAAAAGCCCGCCGACUGGCUCGGUCCCGCGGCGCCUCUGUCCGAACGGAAGCAGAUCUUCCUUCCCGACUUCACAAUCGCCCUAAUCCGCACGCCGUUCCUCCCUCCCCGCUACGCCACCUUCUACGUGCCGCUCAACUUCAACAAACUGGAUAUGCGCGAUUACCUGCAACGUCUGUACGGCGUGGGCGUCGUCAGCGUGCGAUCAUUCGUCGAGCAACAGAAACUGACGAGGUUGAAGUCCCUGGGUCGUUAUGGAUAUGGCAAGAUUCGUCGCCCGCAGUCGAAGAAGAAGAUGACGGUGGAGAUGAAGGAGGCGUUUGUUUGGCCUGAGGCGCCGAAGGAUAUGGCUCCAUGGGAGAAGGACCAGUUCUUCAAGGCUCAGAAAUACCAGGAGGAGAUCCAGGAUAAGCAGAAGCCGGAUGCGGGAAUGAAGGCGGAUGAGAAGGAGAGGGAGGUUUAUAAGGAGGAUGCGAAGAAGUUGUUGGAGGGUGCUAAGCCGUGGAGGCCGACUUGGAGGGCUUUGGGGUUGGGGCAUUAUGAGAGGCCGUUGGUUAAGUCGUGA